AUGGAAGAAUCCUCAGCAGGUAUGGCUAAGGCGUGUGAGGGGGAUGAUGGGGUUCUCCAAAAGCUGGUCAAAAUGUCCUUAUCGGCAAAAGAAGCAGGAGAGGCUGAAAUCAUUGGGGAUGAUAUCAAAUCAAGUGAUGAGGAGUGCAAUAGAAGCUUAUUUGGUAAGGUUGUGGGUGAUAGGCAUGCUGGUCUCCUGGGAAUUAAGAGAACGAUGGGCGCCAUCUGGAGAAUGCAACAUUCCAUGGAGGUUUUGAAUGUCCCUCUGAAUUGGAUGAGCACUGAGGUUGGCCAGAAAGUUGAAAGAAUUUUCAAUAAAGUUAAAAACGUGAUUGUUUGUAAGGUUGGAGGGGAUGUAGGGAGUUUUCUGAAACUGCUGGUGGCAAUCGACCUGAAAGAACCAAUUCCCAGGUGCACAUCCAUUAAACUUGGGAAUCAAAAGGUGAUGGUGGCAUUUAGGUACGAGAAAUUAGUCAAUCUAUGCUACUAUUGUGGGAUGAUAGGGCAUCUGGACAGGAGCUGUAGCAAAAGAUUGAAAGACUUUGAGAAUAACUGUGUGGUUGAUGGUCAGUUCGGGGAAUGGCUGAAAACUUCUGAGACAUUUGCGGGGGGAAGGACAGCUCUCCUCGCCAUCCUUACCAUCUCCCUCCUCAAGUUACUGUUAUUCCCCAAGAACAAAAAUGCCAAACUCCCGCCAAGUCCUGCGCCGUCCCUCCCGAUCCUCGGCCAUCUCCACCUCCUCAAGACCCCCAUCCACCGCACCCACCAGAAGCUCGCCGAGAAGGUGGGCCCCAUCUUCUCCCUCCACCUCGGCCACAGCCGCCUCAUGGUGGUGGUCUCCUCUCCGGAGCUCGUCGAGGAGUGCUUCGUCAGAAACGACGUCGUCCUAGCCAACCGCCCCCAUCUCGUGUUUAGCAAAUACAUGGGCUACAACCACACCACUCUGGUCGACUCCUCCUAUGGCGACCACUGGCGGAACCUCCGUCGCCUCACCACCGUCGAGGUCUUGUCCGGCACGCGACUCAAUGCUUUCCACUCAAUCCGGCACGACGAGAUCAGGCUCCUGCUGCAGAAGCUCUACGGGACCUCUGCUUCCGGUUUCGCGAGGGUCGGCCUAAGAUCCUGCCUUUCGGAGCUGACUUUCAAUAACAUCAUGAGAAUGGUGGCCGGAAAGAGGUACUUUGGGGAGGGUGACGAGGAGGCCGCGGAGUUCCGGGAGAUGAUAGAGGAGGUUUUCAGCUACGGCGGCGUGUCCAACCCGGCCGACUUUAUCCUCGUGCUCAAGUGGAUCGAUUACAAGGGAUUCGAGAAGAAAUUGGCCAAGGUCAGCAGGAAGAUGGACAGCAUUUUGCAGCACUUGAUUGACGAGCAGCGGCAGAGGAGCAAAGUUAAUGGCGGCAACACCAUGAUCGACCACAUGCUUUCCCUGCAGGACAAGGAGCCUCAGUACUACAACGACACCAUCAUUAAAGGCAUCAUUUCGGAUAUGCUUCUCGCCGGGACCGACACCUCAGCUGUGACCGUAGAAUGGGCCAUGUCUGCUCUGCUAAACAACCCCGAAAAACUCCAGAAGGCAAGAAUCGAGAUCGACAACCUCGUGGGCAAAGAUCGCUUGAUCAACGAAUCCGAUGUCCCCAAACUCCAUUACCUUCAACACAUUAUCUCCGAGACCUUCCGAUUGUUCCCAGCAGCGCCAUUGCUUGUACCUCACGAAGCAUCCGCUGAUUGUACCAUUGGUGGCUACCACAUACCACGUGGCACCAUCCUGAUGGCCAACGCGUGGGCCAUCCACAGGGACCCCAAGAUUUGGGAUGACCCCACCAGCUUCAUUCCCGAGCGCUUCGAAGCCGCAGAGGUUGUCCCCACCAAGCUCAUGCCUUUUGGCCUCGGAAGGAGGUCCUGCCCGGGGAUGGGCUUGGCCCAACGUGUCGUCGGCUUGACACUUGCCUCACUCAUUCAGGGCUUCGACUGGCAAAGGGUUGACGAGGCCUUGGUCGAUUUGACCGAAGGGACUGGGUUAUCAAUGCCCAAAGUCCAACCCCUCGAGGCCAUGUGCAGGGCGCGUGAUGUGCUUCAUAAUGUUUUCGGCGGGGUUGGGGUUCCCGCAAACAUUUGA